AUGGACGUCUUUGGCAUGGAGACGCACCCCGGCGCCUCCAACAGCACCUCCCCAGAGCUCAACCUGUCCAGCGCACUCACUGGCACCGUCCUGGCGAACCAGACAGGAGAGCUCUCCGAGCACCAGCAGUAUGUGAUUGGGCUUUUCCUCUCCUGCCUGUAUACCAUCUUCCUCUUCCCCAUCGGCUUCGUGGGGAACAUCCUGAUACUGGUGGUGAACAUCAGCUUCCGGGAAAAGAUGACAAUCCCGGACUUGUACUUUAUCAACCUGGCGGCGGCUGACCUCAUCCUGGUGGCAGACUCCCUGAUUGAGGUGUUCAACCUGGACGAGCAGUACUACGACAUCACUGUGCUGUGCACCUUCAUGUCCCUCUUCCUCCAGAUCAACAUGUACAGCAGCAUCUUCUUCCUCACGUGGAUGAGCUUUGACCGGUACAUCGCCCUGGCCAAGGCCAUGCGCUCCAGCCUGUUCCGCACCAAGCACCACGCCAGGCUGAGCUGCGGCCUCAUCUGGAUGGCCUCUGUUUCUGCCACGCUGGUGCCCUUCACCGCGGUGCACCUGCAGCACACGGAGGAGGUCUGCUUCUGCUUUGCAGACGUCAAGGAGAUCCAGUGGCUGGAAGUCACCUUGGGUUUCAUCAUCCCCUUCGCCAUCAUCGGCCUGUGCUACUCGCUCAUUGUCCGGGUGCUCAUCAAAGCUCACAAACACCGAGGCCUGCGCCCGAGGAGGCAGAAAGCCCUCCGCAUGAUCUUCGCAGUGGUCCUCGUGUUCUUCAUCUGCUGGCUGCCGGAGAACGUCUUCAUCAGCGUCCACCUCCUGCAGCGCACGCAGCCAGGAGCCGCUCCCUGUACACAGUCUUUCCGCCACGCCUACCCGCUCACUGGCCACAUCGUCAACCUGGCAGCUUUCUCCAACAGCUGUCUGAACCCCCUCAUCUACAGCUUUCUGGGGGAGACUUUUCGGGACAAACUGAGGCUGUACAUUGAGCAGAAAACCAACAUGUCAGCUCUGAACCGCUUCUGCCAUGCUGCCCUGAAGGCAGUCAUUCCAGACAGCACCGAGCCCUCGGAUGUAAAGCUCAGCAGCGCCGUAUAG